AGAGAGUAUGUCAACAUUGUCAACGACGUUGAACGACGCACGUCACAAAAUUCAACAAAAGAUGUGGUAAUUUUAACUAUUUAAUUUAACACGCCGUGAAUAAUGAAACAAUAGGAAAUUAGUACCGUGAGCCUUAAAAAUGGAAAGCAUAACUAAUUUUUCUGUGUCUCUUAUCAAGGGGUUCAUAGACAGUUUGCGAGGAGUUACUGUUCUUCUGUAUUUAGACAAGGAAAUCAACGAGCGGGCUUUGAGGAGCUCGCCUCACAUUGACGCAGACACAAAGAAACAGAAGCAAACAAAAGUGAAACAGGAAUCAAAAGUACUUACAAGGGUGUUGCAAUCAUGCAUCCUCAACGGUUUUAUAUUUUUGCUCAGCAUACUAGUGUUUGAGUACGCUCUAUUGCCAGCGGUGAAGUACUUAGUGACGGUUGUCUUUGGGCACGAUCCGGGGGUGGCGCACAAUGUCUGGGGAUGGAUGCAACCGUUCCUGUUGAUGACAUUUAGGAUGAUUUGGGUGCUGCCACUGUUUUUGCUAAGCAAGCUUGUGAACAGUCUGUGGUUCCAAGAUAUUGCCGAUUCAGCGUACCGCCACCGGCGCGGGCGGCCGCAGUUCAUGUCCAGCGUCAGCAAGAUAAUCGCCGACUCUCUCUUCAGUUUGCUAGUGCAAGCUUUAUUUUUAGUGCAGAGCAUGCUAGUCAGUAUGUUGCCAAUAACAUACGUGGGCGAGCUGCUAUGCUUAGUACACAUGUGCCUGCUGUACUCGCUGUACUCGUUCGAGUACAAGUGGUUCAACAUGGGUUGGGAGCUCCACAAGCGGCUGACCUUCAUCGAGACCAACUGGCCGUACUUUUUGGGCUUCGGCCUGCCGCUGGCUGUGCUCACGCAGAUACCACAAUCUUAUAUCAUUAGUGGCUGUGUGUUCUCCAUAUUCUUCCCUGUAUUUAUAUUAAGUGGCAACGAGGCUACCCCUGUAACUGGAAGCGAGUAUCCCCUCCGACUAUUCUCACCCGUGGUGGCGAUAUCCAACGGCAUGUUCCGUUUCGCGCGGCACGGCGCCGAGGCCGUCGGCCAGCGGGCCCGGUGACGCCCCUGGAGAUAACCGGAGUGUACCAUUGGCAUUGGCAAGGAAAAACAUGAGGAAAACUAUGAGAAAAUUAAAAAAAAAUGGAACUUGACUGGUUGUCUAUUGAGGUCGGGAAACUAUGAGAAAAAAAAGUGACACAUGACCGCUGUCAAUGUUGGUGUGUGUCUGGUGGACAUUGAGGUGUGGUGAGGGUAUGUCCCGAUUUUUUAACGACACAAGACGCAUAAAUGGUGCUUCAUGUUUGAUGUGUUGCAGCUAACUUGUAAAGGCUAUUUUUGCUAAAUUUUGGGAAUUAUUAGCAUAAACAAAUGUAUAACCUUUCACGCCUCAUAGUGCCAAUGGCAACACUCAGUAUUUUUUAAGUUUUGGGGUUGCUAGUGUGAAUUAUGGAAUGUUGGUUUGUAAUAAGAUUGUUGUUUGAACUCUCGCAGUGAGACUUAAGUCGGGUUUAGUAAUAAUAAUUUAAUACACUUGUAAAGAGUUGUGCAAAAUUGUUGAGGUCACACUUUUAUGCUAGUUUUUUUUAGUUUUAGUACAUUUUUUUGUAAAUGUACUCGACGAAAUAUCGUGGAAAUGUAUUUUAGAUUGCCUGUAGUUUAUUAUUGUAUAACAUGUUCAUUCCAUUUGGUACAAAAUUUUUGUGAUUUUUUUCAUAAGUGGCAACAUUUUGAGAUGCCAUUGAGAGAUACAAGUGACCCCUUUUAUUUUUUUAUGUAUUUUAAAUCUUGCAACAGAACUUGUAUGAUAUCUUUUACUAGGAUACAAGUUGUAUCCUAGAAUUGUUAACAAUAAAUACUUAGAAGUAUGAGUACUUCUUUAAAGUUGAUCGUUUUAACAGGAAGGUUUCUAGUCUUUUAUUUUCUUAAGAAUACAAAUAAUUCUGCACAACUCUGACUAUAAAGCAAUCGUGACGCGCCUUUUUAUAGAAGCUAUAUUUUAUUUUUUGAACACUUAGAAGAAAAUACUCGACUGAACUAUAAAAUGUGAGAGAAAAGGCGUAUUAGUUGCUUCAAAUGUAGAUUUUACUUUUAUAGAAACUACUUAAUUAUAUUUCUUUAACAAUAUUUCCUUCAGGUCUUUUAAUAAAACUAGUACUAAAAGUCACAGUAGUGCCUCGAAGUAAGUCCAAUGAACUUAUAAGAAAUACUCUAUCAAUAUUGCUCUUUAUUUAAUUUUGUAUAAUUCAUGCAAUUUCAGUGUUUUUCUUUAAAACAAAAAUAUUAUCGAAGGUGCCUAAAUACAGAAUAUUUAAUAAUAUUCACAAAUAACCGUUAUUGUAACCGGAGUCAAGAUGAAGAUUGCUUUGUAUAAGAUGUAAUUAUAGUUUUUAUAUUAAAAUCAUUUUCAUCUAGUUAUGGCCAAUUGUGAUUGAUUUUAUACAUGACAUAAUUUAUUAAAGGGACUGAUUGAUUUA